AUGUCAGAAGCAAAACGACAACAAUUUUCCGUUGGUGAUGAAUAUUAUGGUGAAUUCAAUGAUGUUGGAGAACGACAUGGUUAUGGUGUAUAUAAAUGGUCGAAUGGUAGUAUCUAUCUUGGUCAAUGGUUAAAUAAUACAUGUACAGGUGAAGGUAUUUAUCGAGCCAGUAAUGGAGAUAUCUAUCGUGGCCAAUUUAUUAAUGGUUUGCUUUAUGAUCAAGGAUCACGACCAUCAUUUGAUGGUCAUCAGUAUAUUGGAGAUUAUUUAUUUAGUCGAAGUGAAGGUGAAAGAACUUAUAUCUGGCCAAAUGGAGAUCAGUAUGUUGGAUCUUGGAUAAGUAAUGGUCGUAUAGGUACAGGUGUGUAUACAUGA